AUAUUCUACGCUCCCGAUAUUCUCUCUUUUCUGUUCCAAAAAAACUAAAAAUCCCCAUUUUAUAUACACAAACACAACAUUUCGCGAAUCCCUCCCACACUCUCUCUCUCUAUCUCCAUCUCUGUUUGGCCUCUCUCGCAGAUUCUCCUCUGUCGUUCAGAUCCCUCGAGAAUGUCGAAGGCUGGGGCGUUGGAUCUGGCUUCGGGAGUUGGUGGCAAGAUCGAGAAAGACGAUGUCCUCUCCGCUGUCGAUAAGUAUGAGAAGUAUCAUGUCCAUUAUGGAGGUGAUGAGAAAGAUAGAAAAGAGAACUACACUGACAUGGUUAAUAAAUAUUAUGAUCUUGUUACCAGCUUUUAUGAGUUUGGUUGGGGGGAGUCUUUCCAUUUUGCACCCAGAUGGAAAGGGGAGUCUCUUCCAGAGAGCAUCAAACGACAUGAACACUUCCUUGCUUUACAGCUUGGCUUGAAGCCUGGGCAAAAGGUGUUGGAUGUAGGAUGUGGAAUCGGUGGACCAUUAAGAGAAAUUGCACGAUUCAGCUCAACAUCAGUUACAGGGUUAAACAACAAUGAAUAUCAGAUAUCAAGGGGGAAGGUGCUUAACCGUGUAGCAGGAGUGGAGCAGACCUGCGAUUUCAUCAAGGCCGACUUCAUGAAAAUGCCAUUUCCUGACAAUAGUUUUGAUGCAGUAUAUGCAAUUGAAGCUACCUGCCAUGCACCAGAUGCGUAUGGAUGCUACAGCGAGAUCUACAGAGUCCUAAAACCUGGCCAGUGCUUUGCUGCAUAUGAAUGGUGCAUGACUGAUGCUUUUGAUCCCAAGAAUAAAGAGCAUCAAAAAAUUAAGGCAGAAAUUGAAAUCGGUGACGGGCUUCCAGACAUUCGGUUGACCAGACAAUGCCUUGAGGCCCUAAAAAAGGCUGGAUUUGACGUCGUGUGGGAGAAAGAUCUUGCUGCAGACUCACCAAUACCGUGGUACUUACCUUUGGAUAAGAACCAUUUCUCUCUGAGUAGCUUUCGUCUAACCGCUGUUGGACGAUUUUUUACUAGAAACAUGGUCAAGGUCCUAGAAUAUGUAGGACUUGCUCCAAAUGGAAGUCAGAGGGUUCAAGAUUUUCUUGAGAAGGCUGCAGAGGGGUUAGUUGAGGGUGGAAGGAAAGAGAUCUUCACCCCUUUGUAUUUCUUUGUGGCUCGGAAGCCUAAUGUGCAGACCCAGUAAGGUGAUACUUCAAACUGAUCAAAUCUGCUACCUUUAACACUUGAAUUAAUAUUCCUCGGGAGAAUCUAGCAUGUAGAGAGAGCAGUAUUUCAGGUUUGAAACAUAUGUGAACAUGCUAGGCUAGUGAUGGUGUUUCUUUGAGUUUGUUGGUGUGUUUAAUCUCGUGUAAACUGACCUAGUAAGAUUGUCAGCUUCCUAGUUUCUGUAUGAUGGAUUACAUCUUCUUCCCUUCCUUCCAGGCCUCCACAGUGUUCAUUUUAUGAUAACUUAUAUAUGUUGGUUUAUGAUGAAUAUUGUUGUUGUUGCA